UGCCUCCCGCGCCGGCGCGGAGCUGUCGAGCCCCGGCUGUGCGCGCCGGGAUCGCUGCCCGCGGCGGGCGGGCCCCGGACGUGGCGCUCCGGGCGGCGAUGCGCCAGCCGCGGCCAGGGGAGGGGCCCCGGGGCCUGUAAACGUGGUGCCUGCGGGGCAGGGCCGCCCUGCCCGCCUCCGCCCCCAGCUGAGGCCGCAGGAGCGCGGCGGCUCUCUCCUUUGCUUCUGAUUUUUAAAACCACAAAAUGUCUGAAGUUAAGCCAAGGAAAAAAGGUAUUUCUUCAUCCAAAAGCAGUGAGGGCUCACAGAAGGCUGAGAAGCACAGUAAUUAUGGGAAGCUGGCAAGUCCCAGGACCAGCAAUAAUCACAGUUCCUUUUGGAUUGAUUCAAGGACAAGUUUGAGUAUCAUUUCCCUUGCUGUUUGCCUGGUGGUGAGCUGGUUUCUAUUUCAGCAGUCAGGUCAAUUUGCUGAUCUGGAAAGAAAGUACAAUAUUUUACAUCUAGAAGCUGAAAAAAUCCUGGAUGUGGGAAAUAAAGUAAACUUAAUUUCUGAAAAGUGUGAAAAGACUUGGAACUUAAUGAAACAGCUGGAAGAUCUUCAAAUAAUUUCUCACAUUAAAUAUCUGCAGGAAGAUAUUUAUACAAUGAAAACAUGGUCUAGCAGCAUAAUUAAAAAACAAGAAGAACUGGAGAAGAAUUUAACAAGUCUUUUUCAUGCAGUUUCAAGCGCUGAACAGAAUGCAGCUUCUGUAGCAAAAAAUGCAACAUUGACAAUUGUGACAGUAAAAACUGACAUAAGGCGCAUUUCAGGCCUGGUCUCGGACAUGACUGCACUGACAGAUUCCUUGCAAACACUAGAAGAUAAAGUAGAAAAAGGUGAAAAGGCAACAGUAAAAAACAUAGGUGACCUCCUUACCAGUAGCAUCGACCGAAGUACGAAAAUACAAAGCCUGGCAUCCAGUAACGCAAGGAAAAUCGAGCAAAUUAAGGCAGCGCUGUCUGAGUUAAGGAGCGAUUUUAACAAGCAUUCCAAUAGACUUUUGAAUCUUGAAGGUGACAGAGCAAAAGUUCUGAAGACAGUUACAUUUGCAAAUGAUUUAAAACCUAAGAUGUACAAAGUUAAAAAGGAGUUUGCCACCUUGGAGCCCUUAAUAAAUGACCUAACACUGAGAAUAGGAAGAUUAGUGGAGGAGGUCUUACAACGGGAGAAGGAAAUUGCUGUACUGAAUGAGAAAUUGGCCAAUCUAACAAGAGUUCAAACAGAGAUCAAGGAUGUGAAAGAUGAAAUAACCAAGAUUUCAGACAUUAAUUGAUCAUGGAAAGGCCAUUGCCUAAAGAAUAGUGUUUGAGCAGUGUGAACUCCCAUCACGUGUAGUACUGAGAAGACAGACAAUAUUUAAAGGCUUCAUUUAGAAGCAUACCUAAACCUGAAAUUUGUCCUAUUCUUUUGAACAGGCCAGGAAAAACUCAUACUUAUUUCAAGGGAGAAAUAAUAAUGUGAACAAAAAACAUACCUCUUUGCAUGUAUUUUUCUUUCUGAAAAAUGAGGGAUGCAUUAUUUAAUAAAUUGCUUGUUUUGUACAAUAAAGCAGUGUAAAAGUAUAAAAUUGUGUUCUUAGCUUUAGAGUUUGCUUUCAUGAAGAAAGCAGAACCCAAGAAUGACAGAUUCCAGUUUCACUUUCCUGCUGCAAAGGAAGGAACAGAAGUGUGGUUUCCAGCUAAACAAGAGGUAGUCCAACAGCAGUAGCACUUUGUCUCUAUUCACUCUAUGAUUUUUGUAAACUAGUUUCUUCUAAAAAUAAUAUUUAACAAGGCAAAUGCAGCAAAGCAAGAAAUGCUCAUAAAUAUUGCUGAUGCCUUCCAGAAAGUUUGUCACACAUUUAGAUGGAAUAAUUUGUGUAAGGCUUUGUGUGAGGCUUUAUAACUGUAAAUCAAAAUUACUCUGCAGCACUGUUCUGUCUUUAAAACACAGAAUGCUCUAUAGGGACAAUGCUCGGAAUGACUUAAUAAUGCUGCUGAUGUCUUUAUCCCAGUGUCACAGUAUCUUCUCAGGAUUCCUAACAGUUAGUCAUUCAUUAUUUCUUGGUCCGUAAAAUACUUUAGUGAGCAGCAGAAUUAGCAAUGAGAAGCUGCUUAUAUCCCAAAAGGAUACUGCUAUGAACUACUGGGACUAUUUAGGUGCUGAAGAACAACAGAUUUGAGACAUUUGAAAAUUAAGUAGGCAGUAACAAGAUAAUGGGAAUGGUUUUAGCAGAGGAAGGUGGGGGAGAGAAGGGCAUUAAAUAGGAAUAAACAUUUAUAUAAAUAUCAAUUAGAAGCAAUACAGCAACUCAGAAAAUCCCUGUAAAUGAAAUUAUAUCAAGAAGUAUAAGUAAUAGGGUAAGGCCUUUAUAACUUUUCAGCUGGCCAUACCUUAACAUCUUGCAACUACUAGACUCUUAAUUGUAUGGAAGAUGCAAACAUUCCUCUUGCUCACUAUUUUCAUCCUCAUUCAGCAUUCCAUGUCUUUUGGUCUGCUUCAUCUUGCUGGUCCUCUGUACCUUCUUUGCUUCAUUUGCCCACAGACAACCUUCAAUACUUUAAAGUUUUCCUUUUUUUGGUAUAGGUGCAUUCCUAUCCCCCCCUUUCUUCUACCCCUUUCCAGUCCGCCUGACAGAUGGCAAGAAUAAACCUGUUAAAAGACAAGUUUUCCUAGGAGCAUCCACAGAUACUCUCCCAACCCAUCCUUUUGCUCUUCCACACAGUUCUUAAGUGAGCUCCUGAAAAUAACCAAAUGGCAUUUGAAGGAGGCAGCAAAAUUAAAGAACAGCCAUGGUAAAGUAUGCAUUGCCUAUCAUACCUGAAGCAAUGUAUGUACACAUGCACAUACACCUUAGGGGUUUGAGGGUUACAUAAU